AUGAGCGCUGACGCUCUGGCUACAGCGGUGGGCGCUGGCGGAAGCUGGCGUGAGGCGGUGGCGCCCUGGAUGAGCUCCCACGCCCCGCCUUUUCUCUCCCUGUUUUUUCUGUUGGUGGUGCUCGGUGCUCAGGCCUCGCGUUAUGAGACAUGCCCCAAGGUGCAGCCGGGCAUGCUCAAUGUUCACCUGGUGGCCCACACACAUGAUGACGUUGGCUGGCUCAAGACAGUGGACCAGUACUUUUAUGGCAUCCGCAAUGACAUCCAACACGCAGGGGUGCAGUACAUCCUGGACUCCGUAGUCUCUGCCCUGCUGGCCGAGCCCACCCGUCGCUUUAUCUAUGUGGAGAUAGCCUUCUUCUCCCGAUGGUGGCACCAGCAGACAAAGGCAACACAGGAGAUUGUGCGGGACCUGGUACGACAGGGCCGUCUGGAGUUUGCCAAUGGUGGCUGGGUGAUGAAUGAUGAGGCAGCCACCCACUAUGGUGCCAUCAUAGACCAGAUGACUUUGGGGCUACGAUUCCUGGAAGACACGUUUGGUAUCGAUGGACGCCCCCGUGUGGCCUGGCACAUCGACCCCUUUGGCCACUCUCGGGAGCAGGCCUCACUGUUCGCGCAGAUGGGCUUCGAUGGCUUCUUCUUUGGUCGCCUGGAUUAUCAAGAUAAGAAGAAUCGGGAGAAGAUGCUGGAGAUGGAGCAGGUGUGGCGGGCCAGCACCAGCCUGAAGCCUCCUGCCGCUGACCUCUUCACUGGUGUGCUCCCCAAUAUGUACAACCCACCACAGGAUCUGUGCUGGGACGUGCUGUGUGAUGACAAGCCCGUGGUGGACGACCCCCGCAGCCCCGAGUAUAAUGCCAAGGAGCUGGUCAGUUACUUCCUGCAGUUGGCUGCUGUUCAGGGCCGGCACUACCGUACCAAUCACACCAUCAUGACCAUGGGCUCAGACUUCCAAUAUGAGAACGCCAACAUGUGGUUCAAGAACCUUGACAAGCUCAUCCAGCUGGUCAACAGCCAGCAGCAGGCCAACGGGAGCCGAGUCCACGUUCUCUACUCCACUCCAGCCUGUUACCUCUGGGAGCUGAACAAGGCCAACCUGACUUGGUCGGUGAAACACGAUGACUUCUUCCCUUACGCCGAUGGCCCCCACAACUUCUGGACAGGCUACUUCUCCAGCCGGCCAGCCCUCAAACGCUACGAGCGCCUCAGCUACAACUUUCUGCAGGUGUGCAACCAGCUGGAGGCGCUGGCGGGACCGGUGGCCAACUCGGGACCCUAUGGCUCUGGAGACAGUGGGCCUCUCAGGGAGGCGAUGGCCGUGCUGCAGCACCACGAUGCAGUCAGCGGUACAUCCAAACAGCACGUGGCGGACGACUAUGCGCGCCAGCUAGCUGAAGGCUGGGGACCCUGUGAGGUGCUCCUGAGCAACGCUCUGGCUCGACUCAGUGGCUCCAAAGAGAAGUUCACGUUCUGCCGCGAACUCAACAUCAGUGUCUGUCCCUUCACUCUGAAGACUACGCGUUUCCAGGUCACCAUCUAUAACCCCCUUGGGCGGAAGCUAGAUUGGAUGGUUCGACUUCCUGUCAGCGAAGGCGUUUUCCUUGUGAAGGACCCCAGUGGUGGGACAGUGCCCAGUGAAGUGGUGAUACUUCCAGGCUCAGACAGUCAGCAACACCCCCCAGAACUGCUCUUCUCUGCCUCACUGCCUGCCCUGGGAUUCAGCACCUAUUCAGUGGCACGGGUGCCUGGCCGGAGUCCCAAGACCCAUAUUCGCCGACAUAGGCCCCAAUCACAUGCCCUGGUUAUACAAAAUGAGUACAUCCGUGCUUCAUUCAACCCUGACACUGGGCUUUUGAUGGAGAUUGAGAAUCUGGAACAGAACCUACAGCUUCCUGUUCGCCAGGCUUUCUUCUGGUACAAUGCCAGUACAGGCAACAACGAAAGCUCCCAGGUUUCAGGUGCCUACAUCUUCAGACCCAACCAACGAGAACCACUACCCGUGAGACACUGGGCUGAGACUCGCCUGGUCAAGACAGCCUUGGUGCAGGAGAUGCAUCAGAACUUCUCAUCUUGGUGUUCCCAAGUGGUUCGCCUGUACCCAGGACAGAGGCACCUGGAGUUGGAGUGGACAGUGGGGCCAAUACCUGUCGUUGAUGGCUGGGGGAAGGAGGUCAUCAGCCGCUUUGACACAACAUUGGAGACAAAUGGGCGCUUCUACACAGACAGCAACGGCCGAGAGAUCCUGGAGAGAAGGCGGGAUUAUCGGCCCACCUGGAAUUUGAGUCAGACUGAACCAGUGGCUGGAAACUACUACCCGGUCAACAGUCGCAUUUACAUCACGGAUGGAAACGUGCAGCUGACGGUGCUGACUGACCGCUCCCAGGGGGGCAGCAGCCUGAGCGAUGGCUCCCUGGAGCUCAUGGUACACCGAAGACUGCUUAUAGAUGAUGCCCGUGGAGUAGGGGAGCCUCUGCAGGAGGCCGGCCCCGAUGGGCAGGGGCCAGGGCUGUGGGUGCGAGGCCGUCACCUCGUGCUGCUGGACAGUGUCCGGGCUGCAGCCACUGGGCACCGCCUGCUGGCGGAAAAGGAGGCCCUAGCCCCGCAGAUAGUGUUGUCUCUGGGAGGUGGCGCCCCCUAUCACCUGGGGAUCACUCCACGAAUGCAGUUCUCUGCCUUACGCCGGGAGCUGCCUCCGGCAGUGCACCUACUCACACUAGCUCGCUGGGGACCCGGGAUGCUGUUGCUGCGCUUGGAGCAUCAGUUCGCCGCUGGAGAGGAUCGCAACCUGAGCUCCCCUGUGACCUUGGACUUACGAGACCUGUUCACCACCUUCACCAUCACCCACCUUCAGGAGACCACGCUGGCGGCCAACCAGCCUCGGGACGGUGCCACUAGGCUCCAGUGGAUGCAGAAAACAGGCCAUGCAACCAAAACUGUGCCCUCCUUGCUGGAUCCUGCCGCCAUUACACUGAAGCCCAUGGAAAUCCGCACCUUCCUGGCUUCUGUUCAAUGGGAGGAGGAUAUCCAGACUCGCUGGCAUGCUCCCUUCUGA